AAACAACAUAAUACCAGCCAAAAUAUACAAAAAAAAAAGACAAAUACAUAACUAUGGCGGAUACAAUUGGUUCUGAGAACAAAGAGAAGUCUUUAUAUUUGAUACAAAUUCAAUAUCUGGAGGAGCAGUUGGAGAGAUGCCAGCUUAAAUAUGACGAGCUGGAGAAACAGAACAAGGACCUGGCCCAUCAGUACGGUACUCUGGAGAAGGACAAGAAAGACACCACUCAGCACCUGAUACGCUCCGUGGAUGCAAACCAAAAGAAGGUGGAUAAGCUGGCUGAGAUGCUGGAGAGUGAGCAGCAGGAUGCCGAACAGGACAGAGACACCAUGGAGCUGCAGCACAGCUCGCUCAUGCAGGACCAGAUCAACACAUUUUACUUAGUGAAAAGGAAGAUGGUGGUUAGAGCUGAUAAGUGGCAUGAAAUGGAGGAGCAGCUGAUGCAGAAGAAGUCUGAAAUGGUAUCUCUGGAGGAACAGCUGGUCAGCCAGAGGGAAGAGCAUGAAGCUGCCAUCAACAGCCUGAUGAAUAAAAACUUGGAGGGGGAACGGGAGAUAAUGGAGAGGCAGAACACAGUGGACGAAUGCAUUGAGAGCAAGACCUUAAAGAUUCUUUGGGAGGAGAGAGAUCAUCACAGCGAGCAGCUGAAGCAGCUCCAGUUCCUCCUGUACAAAAACGUGGUCCUGCUGAAGGAGAACGACAUCCUGCAAGACAAAAAAAUGGAUCUUUGCUUUGAGAGCAACCACCUGAAGGAAGGUCUCAACAGGAUUACCCUGGAAAGCUUUAUCUUCAAGAAGGAGGAGCAGCAGCUGAUGAAGGAGUUGCAGAAGGUGAAGGUGGAGCGAGAAGACUUUAUCAUCGCCCACAAGAGCAUGCUGGCCGAGAAAGAGGCUCUCAGAGAGCAAGUGGCCUCAGUGUCCAAGGAGAGCCGCCGUAAAACAGCCGAGGCAGAUCAGCUGAGGGCCGAGUUCCAGAUGGAGAGCAGCAGGAUAAGGCAGCUGGAGGGCGUUAUGCAGGAAGCAGUCAUCAUUCUCCGCCACAUCAUGACGGACUCAGAGAAGCCUUCGGAGACUGAGUGGAAGAUGCUGAGGCUACUGGAGAUCCUGCAGAGCACCGCCCCCCAGGGAAUGGGCUCCGUCCUCAACAAGUCACCUGAGAAGAGCAGUCGAGGACAGAAAUCGCAGACCACUGACCACAAACCAGCCCGGUCCUGGAAUCCUUCUCAACGGAAUCGUGUCUGUUUCCUGUUCCUAGAGCACACUGCAGCUGUUUCCUCACAGCAGCACAGUGGGCUGGAUCAGAGUCCUGGAACCUCUGCAGUCAGAAGACCUCCAGCUCUGUCCGCUCCUCCGGCUGAUCCAGAGGCGGGAGCCUCCCCCUCUGCAGACUGCUCAACCAAAUCCAGUCAACAGUAAAACAGGCCGCC